AUGCCCAUCAAAGGUGAAGUGGUCAAGGAAGUCAAGAAAGCGGAGACUCAACACCGCGGGAAGAAGUCCUGUGCCACCAGGGAUUUGACGGAAACAGAGUAUCGCAAGGUGGUCCAUGAACUCUACGGCAAAGGGAGCUUUGAAUCGACCAUCCGUACAGCCUGCAUGUUGAAGCAGCAAGUCCAUCUCAUCACCAGGACGGAUGACAUCUCCAAGUUGAAGUAUUCCGACUACAAGCCGCAUCCAGACUUCCCUUUUGCGCUCAGUUGCAAGGUGCAUUGGUCCAAGAAUAUUUCGGAAGAACAGACAAUGCCCCGACCAAACAUUCUUGGGUCGAUGGAUACCGACUUUUGUUACAUGGAGGCGUCCUUCAACUACGGGUAUGGCGCCGCUGGUCGGGAAGAUGCAUUCCUCUUUACUCCCGAAAGCGAUCCCAAGUUGGCUCCCAACACUGCAACGCAGCCUACCGCAACAUUCUCAAGGCUGUCUUUUUGUCGGCUCCAUUUCUGGCUGUGGCGCUCUCAUUGCGGUGUUCUUGGGAGUCACAGCAUUCGGAAGUUUGCUGCAACUCUGGCAAGAGGAAUGGGUGCUACUGCUGACGAAGUUGACAUUCGAGGUCGCUGGAAGGCUCGCUUGUCUGGACGGGUUGUAGAUGCCUACAUUUCGCCUGAACAGCCCUGGAUCGACGCCCGUGUUGCCGAAAAGCUUUGCAUGGGGGCUCCUAUUGCCUACAAGCUACACCCGGAUGCCAAGAGAGUGACUCCCCGACUGAGGAUGGAGCCUCCCGUCCGUGUUAGGAUCCAAGAUGCGUACGAGCGCAUCAAGGCCGAUGUUCCUGUUGGCGUCAACCCUGUGGUGAAAGUGCCUCUCUCUAUUUGGACGCACAACACCAAGCUCCACAUCAACGAAAUCGAGCCGAUGGAUACGGGAGGCGGCGGUGGCACGGCUGGUGGCACUACGGGAACGACCGGCCAGGCAAGCACUCGUCAAGUUGCCAAUCAGUCGCGGCAGGUGACGGCUAUGCAAACGCAACAACAGGUACGAACGAACGAGGAGAUUCUGACAAGGAUUAUUGCGCAGCACAACCAGCUCCAGCAGCUCAUAGCGCAAGAAGGUAGGACCCGCGACAGUUCGGCUGCUGCUUUGAGAGGCUGGUUGGAGACUUGGCUUGGCGCGGAGCUGACGAAACUCAAUGGAAAUAUUUGCAGGAUUGCUGUUCAGCCUCCAAGGAUGGCAACACCUGAUCAGGUAGAUGGUAAUCUUUUUAGAAAUGGGUUGACUGUGGAAAGGACUCGCCGGAAUGGCCAGACUAGCCUCAGGUACAGACAAGCUGUGGCCACCACCCCUGCUGAUAGUAGGCCUGCCAAGCUAGCCAAGUACAGAACUGGCUUGCAAGUCAACCUACUCCAGGAGGAAGCACUCUGGACUCUCAUGGCUACACUUGUCAAUGCUCAGAAAGCUCCAGCUUGGGUCAUCUCCAAGAUUGAGGAGCAUUACAAAGAAAUUACUGCUGCCAUCAAGCAGGACACCAUUAUGGGCAGUCUGCAUGAGGAUCUUUGUAUUGUUCGUGCUCAGUAA